AUGACUGACCUAAAUGAAACUUCAAUCAAUAGUGUUGAAGCAAUCAGUUAUAGGUAUUAUAAUUACGUUGCAUUAAUAAUCAUUUUGGGAAUUUUGAUUAUCGGAAAACCUAGAAAGAAGGUGGACAAUAAAAACAGAAAGUUGGGUCAAUGGACUGCAGAAGACUAUAAACCCCCAUCACCCGCCCCAUAUCCAAAUUGGGAUUUGAAUAAAACGGGACCCUUACCUUAUAGAGCAUUUAAACACAAAUACAACAUUACAAUGGGUAUCAGAAAUAUGGACUGGAGCUCCUGGUUUGAAAUUGAUAAUCAGUGGUUUAAAUUUCAUAGGGAAAAAUUGAAUCGUUUGGAAAAGUAUGAUACUAGCCUUUAUGAAACUACUAAAGAAGCUCUUCCAGCAGCUUACGAAUUACUCGAGGAAAUGAGAGAAUAUUUGCCCAAAAGGUAUCCAUCCAUGUUUGAAUCCACCGAAUAUGGAAUCCAUAAUAAAGCAACAGACGAAGAUGUCAACUUCAUGGGUAAAUAUAGAAACUUCAAUCCUGCUAAAAAAACUGGAGUUGAUCCCAUGAAAUUAGCGGCAUUGUUAGUACAAGAUGAUUUGGCUAUAAUGAUGGAAAGCAAAGACGGUCAAUACAUUUUAAAAGGAGGUGCCAUAAUUUUACCUGGAUUCUGGAAAUUUAGAGACAAAUUCAAUAUGACUUUGGAAAAUAUUCACACUUCUGGAGAUGUUCCAAAAUUCAAGGAAAAAUUACAAAGUGGUAUGGAAAAGUUCUUUGUUAGGUUAACAUGUGACAAACCUGUUGUACGUAACAACUAUUUCCUUCAAACUGACGAUCAGUUGGGCUGGUCUGUUAGUAUUGGUAAUGAAUUUAAAGGAAAAGUUGGUUGGGGUACUGCAGAUGAAGCGACAGAAAUUGAAAAAAUCCAUUUGAGAAGUGAAAGACAAAGUUUAAGAAGAUUGCCUAAAUCGGGUGCAAUAAUCUUCACAGUGAGAACAUAUUUCAUUCCUAUCACAGAGAUUGUUAAAGAACCUUUCAUUCCUAGAAGAUUAUUGAACGGUAUCUUAAGUUGGGAAGAAGAUGUCCAAGAUUACAGAGGUUUCACAAAAUUCAAAGAUGUUUUAUUACCUUACUUGGAAGAAAAAGCCUUAGAACAAGAAAGAUUAGGAUUCUUACCGGAAGAGGGACCUAAUGUUUUUCCAUUUUAA